AUGUCUAUCCGAGUUCUGGUCAUCGGAAACGGUGGCAGGGAGCACUCUCUUACCUGGAAAUUAUCCCAGUCCAAGCAUCUUGAUCGCAUCUUUGUCUGCCCAGGCAAUGGCGGUACCUCUCGAGAAGCGAAGACCGUCAAUGUCGACCUACCGCCGAACGAUUUCCCUCGUCUCGUCGAGUUUGCCGUUCAGAACCAGGUCAAUCUAGUCCUUCCCGGUCCAGAACAGCCUCUGGUCGAUGGUGUAGAGAAGUAUUUCCGCAAAGUCGGGAUACCUGUGUUUGGACCCAGUGAAUUCGCUGCUCGUAUGGAAGGAUCAAAGGCGUUCUCCAAAGAUUUCAUGGCGCGACAUUCCAUUCCCACUGCCGAAUACAAGAUUUUCCAGGCAGAUCAGAUCGACGAUGCCAUCCAGUACGUCAAGACAUGCGGUCAUCAAGUUGUCCUCAAGGCCAGUGGACUUGCUGGUGGAAAGGGCGUCUUGAUCCCCCAGACCGAAGAGGAAGCAAUUACAGGAUUGAAAGAUAUCAUGGUUGCAAGCGUCUUCGGUUCGGCAGGCAGUGAAGUUGUCGUAGAAGAACUGCUUACUGGCCCCGAGAUAUCAGUCCUCGCGUUUUCGGACGGCUACACCAUCGUUCCGCUUCCCGCUGCCCAAGACCACAAACGGAUAGGCGAAGGAGAUGUGGGAUUAAACACCGGGGGCAUGGGUGCAUAUGCUCCUGCACCGGUUGCCACUCCCGUCAUCAUGGACCAAAUUAUGAAGCAGACCCUGAGGCCGACUAUCGAUGGAAUACGCAGAGAAGGUUUCCCUUUCGUCGGUCUUCUCUUCACUGGUUUCAUGAUUACUCCCUCUGGACCAAAAGUUCUCGAGUACAACGUUAGGUUCGGAGAUCCGGAAACGCAAGCGCUCAUGUUGCUUCUGCAUGAAGACGUCGACCUUGCUGAAGUUUUGUUGGCAUGUGCAGAGCAUCGGCUCGAUUCGGUCUCAAUAACAACGCGCCCCGGUUUCGCUGUCUCAGUUGUGCUAGCUUCCCAGGGCUAUCCAGAAAAUUAUCUGAAGGGAAAGAAGAUUGAGAUACUAGAUAUGCCGCCUGAUGUUGUUGUGUUCCAUGCAGGCACACAGAGGUCUGAAAAAGACGUUCUGACCUCAGGCGGACGCGUCCUGGCAGUUGUAGCUUAUGGAUCAAGUAUCCAAAAUGCUGUGGAUCUGGUUUACAAAGGCGUAGACAAGAUUUCCUUUGAGGGCAAGACAUUCAGACGCGACAUCGCGCACCGGGCCCUGAAAGGUGUUGAAACAACUCCAAGCACCGGUCUUACUUACGCCCAAGCCGGCGUGUCAGUUGAUGCAGGGAACGCGUUGGUUGAAGCCAUCAAGCCAUAUGUGCGAUCGACGCGUCGUUCCGGUGCAGACGCAGAAAUCGGCGGUUUCGGCGGUAUAUUUGACCUCAAAGCCACUGGUUAUGUCGAUCCUGUUCUCGUCAGCGGAACAGACGGCGUCGGCACAAAAUUACGCGUCGCUGUUGAGGCAGGUACUCACUCCCUCGUUGGUAUCGAUCUCGUUGCAAUGUCGGUCAACGACCUCCUCGUUCAAGGCGCGGAGCCGCUGUACUUCCUCGACUACUUCGGAUGCAGUAAACUGGACGUUCCUGUCGCCACAGAUGUGGUCAAAGGCAUUGCCGAAGGAUGUCGCCAAGCAAACUGCGCCUUGAUUGGCGGGGAGACCGCGGAAAUGCCGGGGAUGUAUCAAGAUGGCGAUUAUGACCUAGCAGGAUUCGCCGUUGGUGCGGUAGAACGGAAUCUGGUUCUUCCGCAGACAGACAUCUCAGCAGGAGAUAUCCUACUCGGAAUCGCGUCCUCGGGCCCGCACUCCAACGGAUUUUCGCUCAUACGUAAGAUCGUUUCGGUGUCUGGUCUCACCUAUUCCUCCCCGUGUCCAUGGGAUACUCAACUGACCCUCGGUCGAGCCCUUUUGGAACCAACAAGGAUCUACGUUAAGCAACUACUCCCUGCAGCGCAAGCAGGGUUGAUCAAGGGCAUGUCUCACAUCACUGGCGGGGGAUUCAUCGAAAAUAUCCCGCGAGUCCUUCCGAAAACGCUUGGAUGCUUCGUCGAUGCUUCAAAAUGGGAAUUACCACCUGUAUUCCGAUUCCUCAUGACCCAUGGCCAAGUAGCUCCGCUCGAGAUGUCCAGGACUUUUAAUAACGGAAUAGGAAUGGUCGUCAUUGUCGGCCCCAAAAAUGUUGAUGCAGCUGUUCAUUCCAUCCGGCAGAUGGGCCAGGCUCAGGUCUAUCAGAUAGGAGAAGUCACUGAAAACCCGGGGGUUGAAAUGAGGAACAUGCACGUAUGGUCAUAG